GAAGUUUCUCGUUACGCUGCUAGCGAUGUCAAUAGAGUUCUAGUUGGGAAUAAAUGUGAUAUAUUAAACAAGAGAGAAGUGGAAUACGAAACUGCUCGUGUUUAUGCAGAGAAAUUAGGAGUAUCGUUCACAGAAGCCAGUGCAAAAGAUCGCACAAAUAUUGAUAAGGUUUUCAAUAUCAUGGCAAAAGAGCUUGUUGAGCAAUUAGGAGAGAAUAAGGAUGCGUUGCCUAUUGAAGAUGACAAGGUCGAACUUAGCGCUGGAACAGAAGUGUCUAAUGGUGGUUAUCGAUGUUGUGGGUUUGGCUAG